UAUACACUUAAAUGGCUCGUUCGAUCUAUGGAUAUUGCGGAUAUAUCUCUCUAGAUUAUGAUAAGGCUUAUAGUUUAUUGUGAUAAGGGUUAUAAGCCUAAGGUUUAGCUGUUUGUGUUUAUCUUACACCUCUUUGUAUUUUGUAUAAAUAUCCAAGUUGGGACAUUCAAUGAAACCAAGUCAGUUCAAUACCUAAUUCUACAUGGUAUCAGAGCCAAAAUCAGUCUAAAAAAAAAAAACUCUUGUUUUUCGAUUGUUUCGAUUCUCUUGUUCUUUCUCAGUUUCAAAUUUUCUUUGUUUUGUACUUUCUUGCGUGACAAGAAAAUCAUGGGUGAUGAUGGAGUUCCUGUUACCAGUGCCGUUGUUGCUCAAAACUGACUCGAAGACCGUCGUCUCUCCGUACACGUUGUCAAGUUCAGACAAUCCUGGUGCUAUGAUUACCUCGGUUUUGUUAACCGAAGAUAAUUACAUCCAAUGGUCUGAAGAGAUGUUGAAUGCCCUUCAAGCCAAACGCAAGACUGGGUUCAUCAGCGGUGCUAUUCCCAAGCCUUCUAAUGAUAGUUCUGAUCUUGAUAACUGGAAAACGGUGAAUUUUAUGAUCAUUGGUUGGAUCCGGUCGUCAAUUGAACCUAAAUUGAAAGCGACUGUGACCUUUGUUUCCAGUGCACAAGAUUUGUGGGAAGACCUGCAGCAUCGUUUCUCUGUUGGUAAUAAGGUGCGUGUUCACCAAAUCAAAGCCAAACUUGCUUCUUGUAAGCAAGAAGGCCAGUCUGUUAUGGAGUAUUAUGGAAGAUUGUGCAAUCUUUGGGACGAGUUGAAGAAUUAUUGUGUGAGUCCCGUUUGUCCUUGUGGAGUUACUUUAUCUGAUAUUGUGACGGAGAGAGAUGAAGAGAAACUUCAUCAGUUUGUGAUGGGUUUGGAUGAUUCAAGAUUUGGUGGUCUCUGCACUACACUCAUUGGCAUGGAUCCUCUCCCUAGUCUUGUUGUGGCUUACUCCAAAGUGAUUCGUCAAGAACAAAGAAUGUCCUCUACUCGUCUUCAACAACAGAAUUACGAUGCUGUCGGUUUUUUGGCUCGUGGUGACACUCAUGAGCAGCCGUCACUCCGGUCUGAUCAACCUGUUUCUAUUCUUGGGAAGCCUCGUUCUUGCAAUCAUUGUGGUCGUACCGGACAUGAACAGAAGGAUUGUUGGCAACUUGUCGGUUUUCCUGAUUGGUGGAUGGAUCGUAAUGCACAAGGUAACAGUGGUGGUCGUGGUUCUUCUGGUCGAGGUAGAGGAGGUUAUGGUUCCAUGGUUAAUGGAGGAGGAAGAGGACGUGGGCAACCUGUGACUACUCAUGCGACUAGUUCAAAUUCCUCUGUUUUUCCUUCUUUUACAUCUGAUCAGUUGAAGGUCUUAACUCAGAUGAUUCAAGAAAAAUCAGGCAGCGGUAGUUCCGAAAAAUUGUCUGGACUGUUUUUCGAGGACUCUGAUUGGAAGCGGUGAAGAGCGUGACAAUGUGUCCUAUCUUACGGAUGUGGUUCCAACAAAUAUACAUUCAGCAAUUGUUUCUCUUGAUAGAGCUUUGUGGCAUCAUCGUUUAGGACAUCCGAGUUUUUCAGUGCUUUCUUCUCUACAUUUGUUUUCUCAGUCUCCUUCCGCUGUUGGUUUUGACUCGUGUGAUGUUUGUUUUCGUGCUAAACAAACUCGAGAAGUUUUUCUAGAAAGUAUUAAUAAAACUCAAGAGUGUUUUUCAUUAA